AUGGGUUACAACAACGUGUACCCGGGCGAACACCCGCAAGUGCCACGCAUCCAGCCAGGGCAGAUUGUGGCAGCUCUGCGCACUGUGUCUCCGGUGCGCUGUGACUGCUCAUCCAACCUCAACCCAGGAGGAGCCAAUGUCCAAGUCUCAUCGCCCAGUACUACAGGUGUAGCCAUAGUUUCUCCAGGGAUCCUGUACCGGGAACCCAAGAUCCCAGCCCCUGAGCGGUAUGACGGCCACCCGGGAGGAUGCAAUGGGUUCCUCACUCAGUGUUCUCUGGUGUUCGAGCUACAGUCCUCCUCGUUUCACACGGAUCGGACCAUGAUCGCCUACAUCAUCUCUCUACUCUCGGGCAAGGCCCUGGCGUGGGCAACGGCAGUACCAGAGGCUGACUUCACCAUUGAGUUCCGCACCCUCGCGGCCGAGAGUGGGUGGGAUACGGAGGCCCUGGUCACCGCUUUCUUCCUGGAUGAACUUGCCCCUUGGGAACUGGAAGAGGACCUCGAGUCCCUGACAACGAUGGCAAUCAGGAUCAAUAACCGCCUCCGAGAACAUGUGAGACAGCGCCUUUUUGACACCACCCCAGUAUCCCGGUUUCCUAAGUACCCCAAGCCCCUCGAACCCAAACUCCUACCCGGCGCCACACCUCCCCGGGGUCGUCUGUACUUCCUCUCAGCCCCUGAAGCAGCAGUCAUGGACAGUUACAUCCGGGAGUUGCUGGAGCCUGGUUUCAUUCGCCCCUCUACAUCCACAGCUGGUGCAGGUUUCUUCUUCGUGGAGUACCUGACCAUUGGGCUGUGCUCGGUGAGUCGUCCUAAAGGCAGCUAUCUGAUCUCCACCUUGUCCUCCAUCUUCUCCCGCUCCUCCCCGGCAGAGCUAAACUCCAUGUUGGUGGUGGUACUGCUGACAGACUUCGAUGCCCAAUGGAGAGCGACCACGCUGGGGGAGAUUACAGCUAACUUCCCCUCCCAGCUGAAGGCAGACCAGCUACUGGUGGUACAUGUCCCCAAGCAGUACUACCCACCAAUAACAGGCCUGAAAAGGAACUUUAACGACAAGGCUGACCGUGUGACGUUCCGCUCCAAACAGAACGUUGACUAUAGCUUCCUGCUUCAGUUCUGCACUGGGCGUAGCCUGCUCUACCUGCAGCUGGAGGACGACGUCUCCUGCUCGCAUCACUUCCUGUCCGCCAUCAGGAGGCGUGUCCAGCAAAUGGAAGUGCCCUGGGCCACGUUAGAGUUCUCAGCGCUGGGUUACAUUGGGAAGCUGUACCACUCAGAACACCUCCCCCUCCUCUCACGCUUCCUCUUCCUGUUCUACCAGGAAAUGCCCUGCGACUUCCUGUUCAGUCACUUCCGGGUGCUUUUGACGCAGAGUGAGGUGAUCCGCUUCACACCAUCACUGUUUCAACACACAGGCUCAUACUCGUCCUUCCUGGGAACCUUCAACAAGCUGAAGGAUGACGACUACGAGGAUCUCUACACCAACCCUGCUGCUGACGUCUAUAGUGACAUACCAGUCUAUAUGGACCAUGUGCCUGCCAUGGCCUGGUCUCCUGGUACUGGAACCUUCUUCUGGGGGCGGAGUCCCUCUUCAGGGAACCACCUAACCAUCACCUUCAGACAUCCUGUUGUGGUUACCACCAUUACCGUGGUGACUGGUUCAGCAGAGGGUCGUGAUCGGUUGGCAUCUGCGACCGUAGAACUGGGUCUCCACCCGGUAACCGAGAAGACGGGGUCGGGGACAACAUGCCAAGAGUUCUAUAGCGUGGGGGAUCUGCAGGGAGGGAGGAUGGACAUGACGGACGUACACAAGAAGAGAUUUGGCCACGCCUCUUCCUGUCUGAAGAUAAGAGUCACAGCCAAGCAGAAUGACUGGGUUAUCAUCAAGAAGAUCAGGAUUACUACAAAGGAGGACUGAACACUCUGAAAACACACACACACACACACUCUCUGAACACACUCACACUGAACAGACACACACACUGAAUGUAGCUAAGGUGAUUUGGUCUGACCCUGUUGUAACGAGUCUAGCGACAGACCGGGGUUCAGAUCCCGCCAGUUACACACACACACACACACACACACACACACACACACACACACACACACACACACACACACACACACACACACACACCCUGAACACACACACACACACUGAACACACGCACAAACCUUGUCUCUGAUUUUCAAGCUAAUUUAAAUCAGGACUGAGACUAGAACACUCAAUAAGUGGUCAGAUGACACGGAUGCUACGCUACAGGACUGUUUUGCUAAAGUGAUGCCUUGGAACUGGGAAACAGAUACCGGGUAGAACUGGGAAACAGAUCCCGGGUAGAACUGGGAAACAGAUACCGGGUAGAACUGGGAAACAGAUCCCGGGUAGAACUGGGAAACAGAUCCCGGGUAGAACUGGGAAACAGAUCCCGGGUAGAACUGGGAAACGGAUCCCGGGUAGAACUGGGAAACGGAUCCCGGGUAGAACUGGGAAACGGAUCCCGGGUAGAACUGGGAAACGGAUCCCGGGUAGAACUGGGAAACGGAUCCCGGGUAGAACUGGGAAACAGAUACCGGGUAGAACUGGGAAACAGAUCCCGGGUAGAACUGGGAAACAGAUCCCGGGUAGAACUGGGAAACAGAUCCCGGGUAUCGGAAGAGUCGUAGGUCUCUGCCGCUCGGCCCAAAGGAACAAACAACUCUGCCCGGAAGCAAGUGGACCUCCCGUCUGCCCGGAAGCAAGUGGACCUCCCGUCUGCCCGGAAGCAAGUGGACCUCCCGUCUGCCCGGAAGCAAGUGGACCUCCCGUCUGCCCGGAAGCAAGUGGACCUCCCGUCUGCCCGGAAGCAAGUGGACCUCCCGUCUGCCCGGAAGCAAGUGGACCUCCCGUCAUCUAAACAAUUUACAACGAGACAGCCCUACAACGAGACAGCCCUACAACGAAACAGCCCUACAACGAAACAGCUCUACAACGAAACAGCCCUACAACGAGACAGCUCUACAACGAAACAGCCCUACAACGAAACAGCCCUACAACGAAACAGCCCUACAACGAAACAGCCCUACAACGAAACAGCCCUACAACGAAACAGCUCUACAACGAAACAGCCCUACAACGAAACAGCCCUACAACGAAACAGCCCUACAACGAAACAGCCCUACAACGAAACAGCC